AUGCUUCGCAACGGUGCAUCGCGCCUCGCGCUGAGAUCGGUAGCCGCGCCCAAGUCGGCACGACCGGCUGCAAGUUUCACCUGCACAACACCUCAACUACAAUGGGCAACACAAUUCGGUUCUUUGGCUGCGAGGAGACCACAAUUAGCGCAGGCGACUGCGGUACAGCUGAAGCCGGCCUCUGCAAUCUUGCGCCGAAGCCUUGCUGAUAAGACAUUGACGGAAGGGCAAAAGCAGGCGGAAAGCAGAUAUGCACAUGAGAAGAUUAAGCCCACCCCAGAGACCGUGUCUAGCACCAGUUCCACACAUCCCAUGUUCUCCGAAGUUGGGGCAGAACAACCACAAAAUGAGGUGGACAUGAUGGCGGGCGUGAAGCACGAUGUGCACGCCAUCAAGGACACAUUUUCCCUUGCUAAUGUCCCACGAGAAGCAUACUACAUGGGCCUUGCCGGCACACUUCCCUACCUUGCAACCUCCAUCUCCACCGUCUACCUAUCCUGGGAACUCAACCACAGCGUCGCUGGCUAUGGCAUGAUUUUCUCUGAGAAGAACGCCGCGUAUCUCCUCACUCUCAUUGAGCCCCUGCAAAUCGGAUACGGAGCAUCCAUCCUGAGUUUCCUCGGCGCUAUUCAUUGGGGGCUUGAAUGGGCUGGCUACGGCGGCUACCAGGGAUACAAGCGUUAUGCUAUUGGUGUUGUGGCACCCAUGGUAGCUUGGUCGACAUUGCUCAUGCCGGUCGAGGGCGCGCUGAUUUCGCAGUUCUUGGGCUUCGUUGCGUUGUACUACGUUGAUACUCGCGCAACAUACCGUGGCUGGACACCCAACUGGUACGCUGUGUACCGCUUUGUCCUUACCAUGAUCGUCGGUGCUAGUAUUGUCCUUACCCUUAUCGGCCGCAGCGAGCUUCCCGAGCACAUUCCUGGAUCUGUUGAUAGGGCCAAGGUCUUCAAGGAGGAUGGCUCAUCUGAGGAGAGGCUGGCUGAGCACGAAGAGGCGGCUGCGGAGAAGAAGAAGCACGCUGCGCGCAGCGACAACAGGGGUGAGAAAUAA